UCCAGAGUCAAACCUCAGAGCUUAUCAGACAGGGCGUUUUCACAAUGAGUGGGUGCCCAUUUUUAGGAAACAACUUUGGAUGUGCCUUUAAAAAAUUAUCCAUAGAAGGCAAUGAAGAAGACAAAUCACAAACCGCUGUGAACAGAGCCAGCAAAGGAGGACUUCUCUAUGGAAACUACCUGCAUUUGGAAAAGGUUUUGAAUGCACAGGAACUUCAAAGUGAAAUAAAAGGAAAUAAAAUCCAUGAUGAACAUCUUUUUAUCAUAACUCAUCAAGCUUAUGAACUCUGGUUUAAGCAAAUCCUCUGGGAAUUAGAUUCCGUUCGAGAGAUCUUUCAGAAUGGCCAUGUCAGGGAUGAAAGGAACAUGCUGAAGGUUGUCACUCGGAUGCACCGGGUGGCGGUGAUUCUGAAACUACUGGUGCAGCAGUUUUCCGUUCUGGAAACCAUGACAGCCUUGGACUUCAACGACUUCAGAGAGUACUUAUCUCCAGCAUCGGGCUUCCAGAGUUUGCAAUUCCGACUCUUAGAAAACAAGAUUGGUGUCCUUCAGAGUUUGAGGGUCCCUUACAACAGAAGACAUUAUCGUGAUAACUUCAAAGGAGAAGAUAAUGAACUGCUGCUUAAGUCGGAGCAGGAGAAAACACUGCUGCAGCUAGUGGAGGCAUGGCUGGAAAGAACACCAGGUUUAGAGCCACACGGAUUUAACUUCUGGGGAAAGUUUGAAAAGAACACUGUCAAGGGCCUGGAAGAAGAAUUCACAAGAAUUCAGGCUAAGGAAGAGUCAGAGGAAAAAGAGGAACAAAUGGCUGAAUUUCGGAAACAAAAAGAGGUGUUACUCUCCUUAUUUGAUGAGAAACGUCAUGAACAUCUCUAUAGUAAAGGUGAAAGACGACUGUCAUACAGAGCACUUCAGGGGGCCUUGAUGAUAUAUUUUUACAGGGAAGAGCCUAGAUUCCAGGUGCCUUUUCAGUUGCUGACAUCUCUCAUGGACAUAGACACACUCAUGACUAAAUGGAGAUAUAACCAUGUGUGCAUGGUGCACAGAAUGCUGGGCAGCAAAGCUGGCACCGGUGGGUCCUCUGGCUAUCAGUACCUGCGCUCAACAGUGAGUGACAGGUACAAGGUAUUUGUAGAUUUAUUUAAUCUUUCCACAUAUCUGGUUCCCCGACACUGGAUACCGAAGAUGAACCCAAUUAUUCACAAGUUCCUUUACACGGCUGAAUACUGUGACAGCUCUUACUUCAGCAGUGAUGAAUCAGAUUAAAAUCAUCUGCAAAAAUCUAUGAAGACAUCGAUUUCUCAGCCUGCAUUUUUAAAAUUUUUCUACGAAUUUUCAUGAUACACAAAGAGUCCUACUGUAAUAUAUGUAUAUCUAUAUAUAGAUAGAUAAGCACUGUGGUGCUCUGACUCAAUCCUGUAAAUAAUUUUAUUGACUCAUUUUUUGUGAUAAUAGAAGACUAAACAUUAAGAUAGGCAAUCAGUUGAAUUGUAACAUUGUACAUAGAAGAUUUUCCUAUUAAAAACUCAGUGUCCCCUGAUACUUACCUUAAUAUAACCAUUUAACCAUUUAACACAAUCAUUAUCUCGUUUCAUACUUUAAUGAGCUUGUAAACUUCAGCUACUUCAAAUA